UAUAUACAUACUAUAUGUAUAUAGUAUAUAAAGCAUAUAAAGCAUAUCACAUAUUCGAUACGAUAAGGUUAUAAUCAUGUAUAGGGAAAUUUAUUCUAACUGAUUUUAACGGAAGGAAGCGAUAUAUAUUUUUACUAUCUAAAGAGACUAAUGAUUAGGCAUUUUUAUACACGUUGACUUGCGCGUACUCAUACUUGUUAGAUAGUAUAUAUAGGAAGUGCUGUGGGUCAGACACAUGAAUGUGAUACAUGUGAUACUGUCGAGUUGACAGUUUAAUUAAUUAAAUAAAAAACGUUAACUAUCUUUAGUGCACAUGCUAGCGAUCGAUCGUUUGAAAUAUUGUAAAGUAAUUUAUUUUUUGUUCAAACGCAUGUUUUAUAAUGAUUUGAAAAAACAUAAUUUUUUAUUGAUUCAACGUUUAGUCACGCUCAUAUUUUAAGGUUAAAAGUCAUAACAGUAUUAGUAAUAGUAAUUAGUUGCUGGUGCAGAUUGGCUAAUGCAGCUUGACAAUGGUGCGAAGAAAAGUAGAUCGAAAAACAAGCAAUGCUUCUAAUAUGGGUAUUACCAAUAAUGUAAAGAAUUUUGAUGGCAAUUUUAUUUACACGGAUAGCAGAAGCACAAUGAGUGCUACUACAGUGGUACCAGUUUCACAACUUAAACAUAAACAAUUUAAAGGCUUAUUAAAAGAACAUCUGCCCAUUUCAGGAAAAAGGACAAACAUGGUAUAUGAUAAUAGUGAACUAGGAAAUAUCAUGUUGGAAAAUACCACUGCCAUUCGACGUGUAAAGGAUUCAGCUCCUAUUAAUGGUGCUCAACAAAAUAUUGAACAGAAAAAGUUAUCUGCACCAUUUUCAGAAGAGCCAAAUAAUUUAAAUAAUGAAUCUCAUAUAGAUUCAGAAAGUUUAACAUUAUGGCAGCAUCCAAUUACUACACUAAACUACUUUUUCCGAGAACUUUUUAGUAAUGUAUUCAGCUUAGGAAGAAAAGCAUUACAUCACAGAAGAAUAGUAUGGAGUAUAAUAUCAAUAACUGUAUUGAUUCUGAUAUUAAACAGAAUUUCUGGUCCACAUCAACAGGUUUUAAGAGCAUGGGAGACAAAAAUAAUUUGGUGGCUGUAUUGGAUAGGUUUAGGUGUUCUUUCUAGUGUAGGUCUUGGUACAGGCUUACACACUUUUGUACUUUAUCUAGGACCACAUAUAGCAGCUGUUACUAUGGCUGCAUAUGAAUGUGGUGCUCUUAACUUUCCUGAACCACCAUAUCCUGAUCAAAUAAUAUGUCCAACAACAAUUGAUCCAAUGUGGACUGCAGGAAUAUUAAAUAUUAUGAGAAAAGUACGUAUAGAAGCUAUGCUUUGGGGUGCUGGUACUGCACUUGGUGAAUUACCACCAUAUUUUAUGGCCAGAGCUGCUCGAACUAGCAGGCACAAUAAUAGAGAUGAAAAGUUUGAUCAGGAAGAUUUAAAAGAAUUAGAAGCUUUAGAGGCUUUAGAAAAUGGCGAAAAUGUAUCGCUACUAAUACGUAUAAAACUGACUAUGAAGCAUUUUGUACAGAAAGCAGGUUUUUGGGGAAUUCUUGCUUGUGCUUCAAUUCCUAAUCCAUUGUUUGAUCUUGCUGGUUUAACAUGUGGUCAUUAUUUAAUUCCUUUUUGGACAUUCUUCGGUGCUACACUCAUAGGAAAAGCUAUUAUAAAAAUGCAUAUUCAGCAACUUGCAGUGAUUAUAGCUUUUAAUGAAGAACUUCUAGAUAAAUUUAUCAAAUUAUUAGCAAUUGUACCAUACGUUGGUUCAAAGUUUCAGGAACCAUUGAAAAAAUAUCUUAUUGAACAGAAAAAGAAGUUACAUGAUAAAACAUCAAUGGAUGGAACAACAACAAUUUCAUGGUUGUUUGAUAAAUUUGUAAUGUUAAUGGUAUGUUACUUUUUGGUAACAAUUAUCCAUGCAUUAGCAAGAAAUUAUCACCGUAAACGAACCAAACGUACGGAUUAAAUAUCAGUAUAUACAGCAAAUGUAAUGUAAAUGUAAAAUUCAUUAUAAAACAACGUACAGAUGAAAAUUGCUAUUACAGCGCAAUAUAAUUAAGGUAUCUUGAAUAAUAAUGUGGUCGAUUUUUGAGGUGCACAAUACUACUUUUGCAAUAUGAAUAAAUCGUAAAUACUGAAGUAAGAAAAGAUUUAAUUUUUAUUUUAAAUUCUAAUUUUCUAGAAUGCUUCAGAAACAUUGGAAUUAUCUUCAUAUUUAUAGAUAUGUAUGUAUAUAAAUAUGUACAUACAUAUAUUAGGGAAGAUUUAUAUGCAUUGUGUAACAUAAUACGAGCAUUUUACUUUUUUGUAAUAUUAUUAAAGAUAUUACAAUUUAUAACUUCAGAAUUGUUUAUAGAAUUUGUAUUGUUAAUAGCAUCGAUAAUUUUGCUUAGAGUACAGUUUAAAAGACACAAAUUUGCGUGCUUUUUAUAAAAAAAAAUCAUACGGAUAAUUAUUUUAGGUAUCCGUGAUAGUUAUGAAAUACAUACUUGUCAGCACUUCAUGUGAAUGAAAUGAAAAAAAAAAAAAAGAAAUUUCUAUAACUUGGUAUAUGAAGAAAUAUACAUUAUUUUUAAGUAUUGAUUAAAGUUUGUUUUUGUUUCUUCGUAUCGUUUUCCUACUUUUUAUACUCAAGAGUAUAAAAAGUUGAUUGCUUUGUAACUAGUUUCUUCAAUAUAAAAUCAGGGAUGUAUAUAAUCAAUUGUACGGUAUUGUUAACUUUGAAACUUAUUUAGGGAACAAAAUUAAAAUGUUCGUUUGCAUAUAUGAGAACAUAUUAUGUAGCAUCCUGGGCCGGAUCCUUACUUUUGAAUCGUUUUUUGUACGAUUUAAAAUUUGUUUAUUAUUUAACAAUUAUAGUAUGUGUGAUUAAAUAAUUUAUUCUAUUAUUAAAAGACAGAUACAAAAAGUAUUAAAAUUUGAUAACCUUAAGAUAUUAACAUAAAGUAAUUUUUUAAUAUUUCAUAACACGUGGAUCCGCCCCUGGUAAUAUCUGAAUGAAAAGUAAAGUCAUUUUUCAUGAUUUCAUAUAAAUUAUUAAGUUUUAUGAUAGAUGAAUAUCAAAGUUGUUUAUAUGCAAUCAUCGUUUUUAACUGUACACCUUCAUUGUUCACAAAUAUUUCUAUCCUUCGUUGUAAAGCAUUUAUUGAAUGGACAUUGUUAGUUGUAAUUUACACAUUUUUGAAAAUAGGAAAUUAAAUAUGAAUUAAAAAUAUAUUCGUACAUUUA